UUUUCUUUGUUUCGCAAAACCCCUUGUCUCUCUCGAAACCCGGCCACUUCGCCAUGUCCGAGCAACCAUGCUUGCCAUCGGGAAGGCCACCUCCGUCGACAUCUGCCGCUUCUUCUCCAAACCUGGCCCCUACGUGUCCUGCGACACGAUGGAGUUUCUAUUAGCGCGCUACGACGGCGAGCUAGACGUGGAUGCGGUGGACUCCGAUGGGAGGACGACGAUCCACGUGGUGGUGAGGGAGGGGCACACGAGGGUUAUCCGGUUCUGCGUCACGAUGGGGGGAAACCCUAAUCGCGUGGAUUCGAAGGGGUGGACCCCACUCUACUACGCAGCGUGGAAGGGGCACGUGAAGGCUGCGGAGUGUUUGUUGGAAUGCUCCAACGUGAAGUGCGUGAGGGACAGGGAAGGGAGAAGAACAUUUUCUGUUGUCGCGGAGAGUGAGCACGAACAUUCUGCUGGUUAUUGACAAAGUCCAGGAAGAAACAAAGAGCUUCGCUGGUUUUUAAUUAGAUUGGAUUCUGGCUGUUUAUGGGUAUUUUGGUCCAAUUCUGCUGGGGGAAGAAAUUGAAGUGGUGAAGACUAAAGACAAAUAUUGUUACGGGAACAAACGGCGAAGAGCAUGAAGGAUCUGGGGUAAAGUGAUCAAAAUUCAAGGCUAAGUAUUCAUUUUAUGCUAUUCAUUUAGAGCAUUACAUCUUCAUUCUUCUCCAUCUUCCUCCAUUUUAUUUCACUUCCUUUGUCCUUUUUUGUAUUUGUAAGUCUUUCUUGACAAUAAGAAACUAAACCUUCUAUUGUUGGGAGCUCACCCACCAAACACUCUUGAUGUAAUGAUUUUAACUAUCUAUUUAAUAUUAUUUUGAUAUUAUUAUCUCUU